GCAGAGGCACGAGUUCGCUCAUAGCCUGCGCUCAGGAGUAAUCAGUUUCGGACGCGUAGUGGAACCAAGCUCUUGGGUCCCCGAUGCUGCACAUGUCACGGCGACCCUCGGCGGAGAUGAAGGCGGACUCCGAUUGGCUCUGAUUUUUAAAAGCCCUUUUCAUUCAGGAGGUUGCCCAUUAUCAACAUGGCAGAACCGUCGGCCCCAGUACCCACUGCAAAAAUGGCGUCACUUAGCCGGGUUCGAGCUCUGACGAUGAUUUUCUUAACUGUCAGCGGUUGUUUGGUCACCCCGACAAGUGGUAAAGAAGGAGGGGUAGACUCGGACACGGUUAUCAUCGGGCUCCGGUUGGAAGACACGGACGACAUUUCAUUUAUGGAUAGGGGUUACCUGCGGGUGAGUGAACGGUCCCGUGUGAAAUUGAGGGUCUACGGGCAAAACAUAAACAACGAGACCUGGUCCAAAAUUGCAUUCACUGAACACGAGCGGAUCCGACCAGUCGGGGACACUGACAGCUCGUUGGUGGACAGCGGAAGCCAGGAGGAUACGUCCGCGCAUCCCUGCGGUAUAAGGACCUCGGAUAUAAUCAUUUUGCCCAACAUAAUUUUAAGUCGCAGAACGUCUGGAGUAGUUGAAAUUGAGGUCAAACCCCUACGAAAAACGGAGAGGAGUAAAUCGUAUUACCUGUGCAUCGCCACCUCGACACCCGCACACCACGCCGCUGGCCUGCACGACCCUUGGACUGAGAACACCUGGAUUUACCACGAUGGAGAUGACACUAAAGUGAUAGUGGUAGAGGAGAAGAAGUUCCUACUACCGUUCUGGCUCCAAGUCAUCUUCAUCUCCAUGUUGCUCUGUCUCUCGGGCAUGUUUAGCGGUUUGAAUUUGGGACUGAUGGCACUGGACCCAAUGGAGCUACAAAUAGUUCAGAAUUGUGGCACCGAGAAGGAAAAGAAUUAUGCCAAAAAGAUAGAGCCUGUUAGGAGUCAAGGGAAUUACCUGCUUUGCUCACUUCUCCUAGGCAACGUGCUCGUGAAUACAACUCUCACUAUCUUAUUGGAUGAUAUUGCAGGUUCUGGUCUUAUUGCAGUGGUGAUGUCAACUAUUGGAAUUGUCAUAUUUGGAGAGAUUGUCCCUCAAGCUAUAUGCUCAAGGCAUGGCCUUGCCGUCGGUGCCAACACCAUUUUCCUCACCAAGUUUUUCAUGCUGCUCACCUUUCCGGCGUCAUACCCAGUGAGCAAACUAUUAGAUUACCUUUUGGGCCAGGAGAUAGGCACCGUGUACAACCGCGAGAAGCUCUUGGAGAUGCUCCGAGUAACGGAUCCGUACAAUGAUCUGGUCAAAGAGGAGCUGAACAUCAUUCAGGGUGCCCUGGAGCUCAGGACUAAGACCGUAGAGGACGUGAUGACCCCGCUAAGAGAUUGUUUUAUGAUUCCAGGUGAUGCCAUCCUCGACUUCAACACCAUGUCCGAAAUUAUGGAGAGUGGCUACACGCGCAUCCCGGUGUUCGAGGGCGAGAGGUCCAACAUUGUGGAUCUAUUGUUCGUUAAGGACCUGGCGUUUGUUGAUCCAGAUGACAGCACACCGUUGAAAACCAUCACUAAGUUUUACAGCCAUCCUCUGCAUUUUGUGUUCAAUGACACCAAGUUGGAUGCCAUGCUGGAAGAGUUCAAGAAAGGUAAAUCCCACUUGGCCAUAGUUCAGAGGGUAAACAACGAGGGCGAGGGUGACCCCUUCUAUGAGGUCCUGGGGAUCGUCACUCUGGAGGACGUCAUCGAGGAGAUCAUCAAAUCCGAGAUCCUGGAUGAGACAGACUUGUACACUGACAACAAAACAAAAAAGAAAAUCACCCAUCGUGAGCGGAAGCAGGAUUUCUCGGCCUUCAAGCCCAACGACAGUGAAAUGAAAGUUAAAAUAUCACCUCAGCUUCUGCUGGCAACCCUGCGUUUCCUAGCAACAGAGGUGGAGUCGUUUGGGCCGGUGCAGAUGUCAGAGAAGAUUCUACUGCGUCUUCUCAAACACCCCAACGUCAUCCAGGAGCUGAAGUACGACGAGAAGAAUAAACGAGCCCCAGAGCACUACCUCUUCCACAGGAACAAGCCUGUGGACUACUUCAUACUCAUCCUACAGGGGAAGGUGGAGGUGGAGGCGGGAAAGGAAGGGAUGAAGUUCCAAGCCGGAGCGUUCUCCUCCUAUGGGAUGAUGGCCCUCACAGCCUCGCCAGUCCCCCUAUCCCUGUCUCGCACCUUCGUCGUGAGUAGGGCUGAGUCACAGGCAGGAUCUCCAGAGAACAAGUCUCCCCCGCGGCCGUUUGGUCUCAACCACUCCGAUUCGCUGAACCGGAGUGACCGCAUCGACGCCAUCACGCCGACACUGGGCAGCAGCAACAACCAGCUCAACGCCUUCUUACAGAUCUACAUGCCGGACUAUUCCGUCAGGGCAGUGUCUGACCUGCAGUACAUAAAGGUGACGCGUCAGCAAUACCAGAAUGCUCUGAUGGCGUCGCGCAUGGAUAAGACGCCCCAGUCGAUGGACAGCGAGUUCACCAAGAUUGAAUUGACUCUGACCACUGAGCUCCAGGAUGGUGGAGGCACGCUGGAGACGACGCCAAUGGCCCACCAAGAGACGGCCAACCUGCUCCACCUCAACACUCAGCCCCAGAACUGUCUGGCCCACAGGGUCAACCACACUGCCCACAAUGAGGGGGCCAUCUAGCCCCCCAGUGGGGUGGUGGGGACGGGGAGAGUAGAUGGAGCAGGGAUGCUCCCCCUUCCCCCAGAGAGGGAGAGGGGAGGAGAGGAGUGAUGGUGGUAGUACCCUCUGGGCCAGGGCCUAGGCCUAAACCUCCUACACCCAAGGACCUCCAACCCCCACCCACCAACGCCUUGUAGCUGGUAGACACCAGAGGGAUCCGCGGGUAGAGGGGCUUUCGGAGCUCCAACCUGAACCUCUGCUCUGUAUCCACGACCGUCCCUGGACUGGCAGCUUCAACAGCCUGGUGCAGACCACCCUUUGGGGUAGUGGGGAAGGAGGCUAAAGGAGUAGCCCUCCGGAACCUCCUUUACAUCGCUCAACCCUGGAGGACCACGCUAGGGUGUGUUCGGACCAACUUUCGGAGAAUCCAUCCACUUCCAUUACCCGGUAACCUGGAAUUCCGUAACUUGGACAGAUGGACGGCCGUGUGCAUGUCAUCCAGCCCCGCUCGUCAGGCCAAAGACUUUGGUCCCCCUCGUUCCCCUGAACACACACACACACGUACACAAAGUGCAUACACACACACACGACUUCCUGUCUGUUCUUGUUCAGGGAUGGACUAUAGGACCACUGCACCACUACAACGAAGGACAAGAUGGUUAGUCAAAGACUGUAGCAAAUACCGCUUUUAAGGACAACCAUGGAACCAUGAACCAAGAAUGUUUUCGUGUAUUUAUUUAUUUUAUAUAUAUAUAUAUGUAUAUAUGUAUGUGUGGAGACAGAUAUGACAUAUACUAGUGCACAAACAUGCAUGGGCAUAUACACAGGAUGUGUGUGUGUAUAUGUGAUAUCAAAACACAUGAUGCAUAUAAAUAGUUACACAUUCAUUCAUCUAUAUGAACAGGUGAGGGUCUUUUACAGAUAUGUAUAUUACAGAUCUUGUUAUUUUUUACUAUUCUCCUAAUUCAGGCCUAUGGUACAGUAUCUUUUUCACCUUUUUAAAAUCACACUAUUGCCUUUAAAAAAAAUCAUAUUAAUUAUUUUAACAAAGUGCAAUGAGAAAAAAAUGUUUAUUUAAGAUGAUUAUGAUAUAUAAAUCACUGUAUUGUAAAUUGAGACGGAUAUAUUUGUAUGUAUGUACUGUAUGUGCGUAUGUUUGGUUUAACGAUGCUGAGUUGCAGGCGUCCAUAAGCAAAACUGUCCCGAAGCCAGUUUCUUUUCUGUUAUUGCCGAUUUUCGAUCACAAGCCCUUUGACCUCAAAAUAUAUACUUUUAUGCUGUUAUGGGGGUUAUCCAGACUUAAGUUAACAGACUUAAAUGAGAAUAAAAUAUACAAUCCAGACUUAAGUCUUAACGACUGUAGUUUAAAGUGAGACCGGGAUGUAUUGACAUUGAAAAGUGUUAACUUGGCACUUAUAAAUGCAUGUGGAAAUGUGUCUUUAUUGUUUUCCAAUUUGAUUAUGAAUAAUCCAACUUGAUAAUUGCACAGUAUUAACGACCUCAUCUAACAUGUUGAGCAUCAUGAACUUCACAAAUACAACCUCGACAUUAAACUAUUGCCCAUGAGUGA